AUGGCUCGAGACGCAUCAAUACACGAUGGCAAGGGAUCAAGUGCUAGUCUUCCUGGUCCGCGAGGUCAAAAGGAGAUCGUGGUGACGAGUCAUGAAUUGGCGAAUGAGGUAUGCAACGAGAAAAAGUUCCACAAGCUCGUGGCAAGUGGAGUAUAUACCCUCCGCCAGGUUGUUCAUGACGGACUUUUCACAGGUCAUCACGAUAGUCACGCCUGGGCAGUUGCCCAUCGUAUUCUCAGACCGAUAUUUGGACCACUGAGCGUUCAAGGGAUGUUCGACGAAAUGAACGAUAUCGCUGAACAGCUAUGUUUGAAAUGGGCGCGUUUCGGAGAAAAGACUGCAAUUGAUGUUGCGAGCGACUUCACACGCCUUACUCUCGAUACAAUCGCUCUGUGCCUGAUGGACCAUCGAUUCAACAGUUUCUAUCUCAAUGAGAAAACCCAUCCUUUUGUUGAAAGCAUGAUGGCCGUAUUAGGAGAGGCCGACUUACAAUCCAUGCUCCCUGAAUGUGCAGCUUGGUUUCGUCCUCGUGCAAUGGCGAAGUUUCGCAACCACACAAAAGUAUUGCGAGACAUGUGUCACAAAAUCGUUGAUGAAAGGAGAAGAACCCCUGUAGAGAAGGACGAUUUCUUGAAUGCCAUGAUACAUGGCCGAGACCCAGAGAGUGGUGAUGGACUCGACGACGAUGCGAUCGUGGACAACCUCAUUACGUUCCUGGUUGCAGGUCACGAAACCACAUCUGGCAUGUUGUCGUUUGCCGUCUAUUAUCUCCUGGAGCACCCCAAAGCCUUGUCGAUGGCGCAAGCUGAGGUUGACAGGAGUCUUGCUGGUGGUCGCUUGACUCUCCGCCACCUCCAGAAUAUACCUUACAUCGAUGCUGUUUUGCGAGAAACGCUACGCCUCAUGCCCACCGCACCGGGAUUCUACGUAACUCCCUUCCAUGACGAGACUAUUGGCGGAAAGUAUCAUGUGAAGCCCGGGGAAUCGAUAUGUGUCCUGCUGGACCCCCUGCACCGCGAUCCCAAGGUGUGGGGGCUAGAUGCUGACAAGUUCAAACCGGAAAGGAUGCUCCGAAAUAACUUUGAUCAGCUACCAAGAAAUUCUUGGAAACCUUUUGGAAACGGUCUACGUGGCUGUGUUGGACGGUCGUUUGCUUGGCAAGAAGCUCAGUUGAUACUGGCGAUGCUGUUGCGCGACUUUUCGUUGGCGAAAUAUGACCCAGAUUACAAGCUUCGAGUGAAGCACCUUCUCACUAUCAAGCCUGACGGUUUCAAAAUACGGGUUGCACUUCGACACGGAAGAAAACCAUCAGACUUCUACAAGAGUCUCAAGUUCUUGCCUACAUCUAUACCAGUGACCCCUGGGAUCAGCGCAACAACAACAGCAACUGGCGUCGAAUCUACAGCACCGAAGCCAAUAACGAUUCUUUAUGGCUCCGACACUGGCACGUGUGAAGCUUUGGCCCAGAAGAUUGCACUUGAGGCGUACGAAAGGGGCUUCGCAGCAGUGAAAGCACCGCUGAAUGAUUUCAGGUCAUUCUUCCCUACUGACUGCCCAAUUGUCAUCAUUGCUGCAUCAUACAAUGGCGAACCUUCCCGAAAUGCGGCAGAGUUCUAUACUUGGGUCACAGGCCUUCCCCCAGCUGCUCUAAGUGGUAUUAAGUUCGCUGUCUUUGCGUGUGGGCAUAGCGGCUGGAGAAACACGCUUUACCAAGUGCCCCAGAUCAUUAAUAAACGCAUGUUGGAGGCUGGUUCUCAGCAGUUGGUGCCGAUGGGGAAAGUUGACACCGCUUAUGAUAAUGUUUUUGAAAAAUUUCAAUGUUGGACUCUGGACACGCUUUGGCCGAUGCUAUGCGGUAGCGCUGGAAUGAUAAACCAUCAUUCUCAAGCCAAUUUGCCCCUGGGGUUGACGGUCAAUGUUCCCAUGCGAAUUUCCAUGCGGGAGGGCUUUUUACCAGCGGUCAUUACCGAUGCGAGCCAGCUAUCCUACCCUGGUGUCCCUCGGAAAAGGCACUUGGAGCUUCGAUUACCCGAAAGCGUCAGCUAUUCGGCGGGCGCUCAUGUCCAGAUCCUCCCUAGAAACGACCCCAGCAUAGUGAAGCGGGCAUUAUCACGUUUUGGGCUUGAAGGGGACCAGACCAUUACAAUCAAUUCCCGCACAGCUUCCGCGGCCCCAGAGCUACCACUCAAUACACAGAUAAAUGCAUCGGACCUUCUGUCCGGGUUUUUCGAGUUAAACCAUGUUGCAAGUGUGAAGGCCAUUGUCAACCUUAUUGACAUCGCCCGAUUCUCAUCAACGAAGCAGAUGCUGAAGAAUUUGGCGACAAAAAGGUACCAAUCCAAGAUCCGAGACCAGCACAUGUGCUUGCUGAACGUCCUGGAGUUAUUUCCCCGUGAGGAAAUCCCAAUCACCUUUUCUUGCUUUCUCGCAAUGAUUCCGCCAAUGCGCCCACGAACCUACUCAUUCUCAUCUUCUCCAAGGUGGCAACCCGGAUACGGUAGCUUGACGUAUGGAGUCGUAGAGAAGCAGACUGUGAUCCCAUUCAAGGGGCUGGCGUCUAACUAUCUUGCAUCACUAGAAGUCGGCGACGUGGUAUAUAUAUCCGUCACUGAUCAGCGACAGCCGUUUACACUGAUGGCCCAUGAUCAAGGAUUGGCAGCUCAGAGUGUCCCCCAAUCGACACCGAUUAUCAUGAUAGCUGUCGGCUCAGGUCUCGCGCCAUUUCGUGGGCUCAUCCAAGAUCGCCUCAUCGGCCACCGAGGAAACACUGGGCAUCCUACCACUCCAGCGCUACUUUUCUUCGGCUGUCGAGGUGCCGAACUGGAUGACCUGUACCGGUCUGAGUUCGACAGUUUCGAAAAAUCCGGCGUCGUCACUGUACGCCGUGCCUUCAGCCACGGAGCGGGAGUAGAUGUGUCUGGCAACAGAAGCGAAGUUGUCAAAGGCCAGUACAUAACGGAAAAGCUGCGCGAAAGUAGUCAAGAAAUCCGGGAGCUGUGGAACAGAGGGGCGAUGAUUUACUUCUGUGGUGGUAAAAAGGUAUUCGACUCAACUAUUGACCAGCUGACUUACAUUCUGGGUACUGGUGACAUUGGGUGGGAUAAUAACGAGAAUGCAUCUCCCAAAUCAUUCCAAGACAUCCUCCAAGCCCGGAUAUUCGCCGAGAUUUUCGCUUAA